AUGCUGAACGAGUGUAAAGAGGAAUUGACAAAUGUCAUUGCCUCUCUUAAGUUGUACUCGGUUGGGCUUACUGAAAUCAUUGGGACAAUGCAGCUCGACAUGGAGAACAUGCAUCAGCAAAUUUUGGAGCUUACCAAUGGGUUGUCGGACUCGGAUGGAGACUCUCUGAAGAGAAGUGUGUCAUUCCGGUCUCAAAGCAGCGACAGCCUUCUCUCCAUUCUUCCCUCAAACCCUAAAAUAUUCCACGGUCGCGAAAACGAGCUCGAACACGUUGUCAUUUUGUUUACAAGUGAUGACACUCCCCGAAUUGCUAUCCUUGGACCUGGCGGAAUUGGCAAAACAAGUUUAGCUCGAGCUGUCCUCCACCAUCCAACAGUUGUCUCCCGCUAUCCAGGUUCAGGCCAGUGUUUCUUCGUAGCCUGUGAUGUUGCAUUGUCAGCACAAGACUUCCUUGUCCUGAUCGGCUCACAACUGGGAUUGCAAGUAGGGAGAACCUUGCGUCGCGAAAUAGUGGCCAAACUCGAUAACGGACAGCAGCACCUGCUCGUGCUGGACAAUAUGGAGACGUUAUGGGACCCAGUUGAAUGGCGGAAUGAGGUCGACGAUGUUCUUGGUUUUUUGGGCAGCAUUCCUAAUCUCGCGCUUCUUAUUACUAUGCGCGGUGCCGAACGACCCGCUACAGUCCAAUGGACUAGACCCUUUCUCCCGCCGUUAGAGCCGCUAACGGAGAUUGCUGCGCGACAAACCUUUUUCGACAUUGCGGAUGAGUCAUCCGUGUCCGAAAGCGGGGUCCAGGAUAUCUUGCAACUGACGGACAACGUCCCACUGGCCAUCACCCUUAUGGCGCAUCUGGUGGAUUCAGAGGGGGUCGCGACAGUAUUAUCACGCUGGGACGGGGAAAAGACCGCCUUACUUUCAGAUGGAUUUGACAAACGAUCCAACCUCGACAUCUCUAUCUCCCUCUCCCUCUCCAGCCCGCGUUUCCAAUCCAAUUCCCACGCAAUGGAUCUCCUCAGUCUUCUUUGCAUCCUUCCCGAUGGACUUGCGGAGAGCGACAUUCAGCAACUUCCUAUCCAAAACCCACUAGGAUGCAAAACGGCGUUACUCCGCACCUCCUUGGCAUACGUUUCUGCCAACGCCAAACGAAUAAAUCUGCUCGUACCCAUUCGGGAGUAUGUCCGCCGACAUCACCCACCCGCAGAGCACCUCAUUCAGCCUAUCUUCGAAAACUAUCUCCACACCCUCGCUGCAUCUAAGGACUACUAUGGCGUAAUCCCUAGCGGCAAUCUCAUCGCUCGCAUCAAUGCCAAUUUUGCGAAUAUCCAAACUCUCAUGGCAUUUAAACUACUUGAUUCAGACACUUCAAAUUUCGAGGACCUCGUUCGGUGCGCUGUCUAUGCCAACAUCUUCAGCCGUACUGUAGGCAAGGGUGAAAUACCUUUUCUCGCCCAGCUCGACACGCAUGGUCGGUUCGAAAUGCUGAGUAUCAGCCCCACGCUUGAAGUCCAAUUUCUCUCCGAACGUAUUUCGGCAUACUACUACAAGCUCGUGCCCGGACCUGCUUUGAUCGAACGCGCACUUGCGCUCUUCCCGAGGCUCGAGGAUGCGCUGACGAAAUGCACAUUAUAUAGCUGUGCCAGCGACUUUUAUCGGAAUAAGUCUGAAUUCGCCUUGGCCAAAACCUACACCGAAAAGACGCUCGCCCUCUCCAGGGCCAUUCACAACACUCGACUUCAAUGUAGCGCUUUUUGCUCGAUGUGUAUUAUCGACCUCAGAUCGGGAAAUCCCCUCAGGGCGUUUGGCCACGCGCGUCAGGCAGAAGCACAGGGAAGACUUGGCGGCGACUUGUGGUCCGAGGCAGCCGGACUGCGCGGCGGCGCGUUGUGCUUGAGCCGCCUCGGGGCCUAUGCGGAGUCAAUUGAAUGGACAACGCGAGCGAGGCGGUUGCUAGCGCUCUGCGACAUAGCUGGAAACCAGUUGGAUAUGUCGCUGCUGAUGGGCCUCGGGGAGGUGCACGCCAAAAAGACAGAAUAUCUCGCGGCGAAAGCGGUGUAUGAGGAGAUAUUGCGGUACCGCCCUGUGGACCGGCUGAACGGCAUGCACGUCGUCUUGUUGGUUAAUCUCGCGGAAAUCAGUGUCGCGUUGGAUCUUCCGGUCGAGGAGACUCAGCGGCACAUCGAUCUCGCGCGGACUAUUGCGGGCAACAUCAAGUGGUGGCCCGGUCGCCUGAUGUGCGACCUGGCGCAGGGCGAGCUGCUGCUCAGCCAGCAGGAGUACAGUCGUGCCAAAGUUGUCAUGGAAAAGGUGGUGGUGGAUGCUGUGAAGGAGCUGGACAUACAUAGCGUUUGCUGCGAGAAGUUGGCAGACAGGGACUUGUGGGACAGUGAUUCGUGGGACCCAAAAUGGCCAACCGUGUUGCUAGCCCAGGCGGGGCGAGAGAAGCAGCACCGACUCUGGUGCAAGGCGCUACAAUGCUUUGGGACUGGUGCUUUGGCGGAAGGCGACGUCAUGACUGCCCGCAGUUUGUUUGUCGUGGCUCUCGAGGGAUUUACGCAGAUGGACAUACAUUGCAGUCGGGCGGAGUGUUUCUGGAAACUUGGGAUAAUUGCUGAGGGAGUGGGGGACAGGGCGGGGGCGGUGGAGAAUUGGGAUGCGGCUAGGCUUUUGUUUGAGCGAGCGUCGCAGGCAGCUCGGGUGACCAUAGUCCAAAAGAAGCUAGCGGAUUAUACAACUUCUCGAUGA